AUGGAUACUCCAAAUCUGCUUAUAUCAAGCAGACUUAAAUUAUUUCAAACCCACAAUAUCUAUCAUCGUAGCGUUAUUGUACCAUGCUAUGCACAAGCUUAUCGUAAAUUCUCUCAGUCGCAUAUAGCAAAUAGCAGGUUCUCAGAAUUGGUCUCUAAAGUUCGAGAAUCAUAUCCGAUUCAAGAAAUAACUCCUAAAGAAUUACAUGCUUCGCUUAACGGCAACACUUCUACUGUCACAAAACCAAAUAUAAUAUUGAUUGAUGUUCGUGAAAAAGAUGAACAAUUACGUGGCAUCAUACCAACCGCUAUACCACUACCACGUGGAGUUCUUGAAAGAGAUAUUGAACGGAAAGUCGUUAGCAUUGAUGAAGUUAAUUCAGAGACUGAUAGAAAUGUUAUUCUUUAUUGUGCUGGUGGUUUAAGAAGCAUCAUGGCAGCAGAAAGUUUGAUUAGAUUAGGAUACAAAAAAGAAAAUGUCAAAAGUCUGAAAGGUGGUUAUGACGAAUGGAAGGAAAGUGGUUUUGAGGUUAUGGAUUAUGAUUCUUCGAAGAAAAC